CCAAGAUUUCCAACAUUAAUUUCCAAUCGACAAUGAGAUAUCAGAAUCACGCUUGACAGAGUAUAUUUUAGUUUGUUUAUAUGCGAAAGUGGUUUAUGCCUGACUGCUUAUCAGAUUAGUGAGAUUAAUUCUCGACAAUUGCAAUAUUCCUUCUUUUAUCACGAGGUUGCGGCUUCGCUAAAUCCAAAUCAAAUAGUGUUUUAUUAUAUAGGUCUCAAUUCAAUAACAGUGAUAAAAAUGUUCAGAACUGUGCUAACAACGAUGAAAUUUUGUGCUUCGCCAAGAAUGUUUACAAUCAUGCAAAAAGUUCAAAUAACUUCUGGAGUAGGCUGCAACCGCAAUAAAGAAGUGCAGGCAUCGUUACCAACAAAUACAUCAGUUGAUUCGUAUCUCACUCUUUUGAAAAGCGCCUCGGAUGCUAAAGAAGUUUUAGAGUUUAUGCCAGCAUUAAACAAACGAGAUAACACACGACAAAUUGUUACUUUACCUGCCCUGAAGGCGCUGUUUGAACUACACAAAAUGGGAAAAACCAGUAUGCAAAAACAAGAAGUACUAAGUCACUCUCGCUUUGCCGAAUUAUGCAAGGCUCUGAAGUACGAAUCCAGGUCAUUUGUGAUGAAUGACAUUACCGAAAGCCUGAAAGUAUUAACCUACUUUGGAGUACGAUCAAAUAGUGAAAUCAUGACCAUCCUACUCAACUUGCUAAGAUACCAAAUUAACGAUGUUACAUUGGACCACAUUGUAUUUUUGAAUUUUAUACUAAAAAAGCUGGAUCAAAGUCCUUUAAUAGAAGCACUGCAACUAGCGCUUCCUAUGCUAAUGCAAAUUCAGUUGCCAUACAAAAUGGACCACGAUAACGUACAACAGCUGGUCGACCUCCUCGGAUUUGUUGCUCAACAUAAGGUUUCGAAUCGAAGUGUUGUAAAUAUAGUUAGUGCAUUGACUCUGCAUGGAACGAACUUGAACAGCCAGCAUGCAGCUGAAAUUCUUAUUGCGUUAAGUGAUUUCGGGUACUUCGAACCGAUACAUAACAAAUUGUUAGACAAUGUAUUUAAAGCGCUACAGAAAGAUCUUUAUCAGCUGAGUUUUAAAACAAUAGACUUUAUGCUAAUGAAAAUUGGUGAAAAGAAUGUAGAAAAGUUUCCAGCAUUUUACAAUGAAGCGUUUAUCAAAAAAUGCUCACAAUUUAUGGUCGAUAAAGAUGUUGGAAUUCUAAAUGCACUAUACUUUCAAAAAAAGCUUAACAAAAUAGCCUUUCUCCAUGUUCCGUUGUUGGACUAUAUUGCCUCUAAGGUUGACAGUCUUUCGAUCAUACCGUACGCUGGCAUUAUUACCAUCGUGGCAGCAUUUUCGAAUGCGAACUAUCGACCUUCGAACUGGAGUCAGAUUCAUAGGGAAAUUAUGCGACACUCUAUUAUACCGAAUUCAUCAAUUCCGUGGAUCCGUUACAGUUUGGAAUUGCUAUCCUUGGAUAUUUUCAAUGAUGCACUACUCAGACAAUACCUGGAGCCACGCGCAUUGGAAAGAGGAAUGGCGCGUAACACAGUUGUAGAUCAUUUUCAGUUGCUGGAACUAUCACAAGCAUUACAACUGCUUUAUCCAGAAUACGAUGGACCGCUCCCGGAUCAAAAAUAUCUAGAAAAAGCAACAGUGCUUCUACUGGAAGACAAUGAGCUACCGUUACAAAAAUCCCUGGAAAUUCUAUUUGGAGGUAACUCAAGUGUACUUUCACUAGUUACCUCCAAUUAUGGGCACGUUCUGCAUCAUGUUAUCAUUUUCGACCAAGAAGGCCGGGUUAUUGAGCAACCUAAUCGUGCUGAAAAAGAAACAUCUCGGUUAGAAGAUCUGCUAACAGAAAACAAUCAACUGGUAGCGGUGAUGUGUUUGCCGAAAAGUUUCUAUGCAUAUAACGUCAACCGCCUAAGAGGCCGCUUUGCUAUGCAUAUUCGAAGUAUAGAAGCCCUGGGAGUACCAGUUGUGCCUGUUUCCUACCAUAUGUGGUACAACUUACCAGAAGCUGAGCGAUUGCUAUAUCUCGAGCGAGAAAUCCGGACAAAGUUAAAGUAAUAAAACGCCAAACAUUCGGAUAAUA